AUGGCUCAGAUAGCCUGGAUGAAUCACCCUCGCCGGCCGCGAACCACCAUUCUCAAAGCGAUCUUCCUCCUCCUUGUCGUGCUCUUUUGCUAUCGCCACCUCGCACCCUCCUCAGGCAUCGCUCGGCUCAUCCGGCCAGUCGAGAGCCAACAAUUGGUGGUUACAGGUUAUCCAGAGCCAGCUCCGGACCGCUCCCAAGAUGAGGCCGGCAGGAAGCAAUCACCAACGGUGGACAGGCACUCCAGCAGUGCCAAACCCCAUCCGCAGCACCAGACACCGCAGCAACGCCCGCAACUCCUCGACACGAGACCGAACUACAGCACUAGCGAGAUUCUUCUCGCAGACUCAUUCCAAGACAGCCUCCAUCGCAUGAUCUCCCUCCUGCCAGACGAGAUACGCAUUAGGGACCUACUGAGUCCCAUCGACGGAACAGGCGAGGCAAAGAUCCACGAGAUCGGCCUGCGCACCCGGUCCUUCAACGUGCUCUUCGAGGCCUGGGAAGCUAUUCACCUCGUCCCGACGCCGGGGGGCAUGUAUCUCCGCGACAACGUAAUCCAAUACUUGCAGACACACCCGGAAAUUGCAACCGACCUGCACAUGGACACCGCAAAGAUCAUCCAUACCUACGAGGCUUACCGCUCGCUGGUGACGCGUCUCGCCUCGCUUCUGUUCCCCUGGACGGCACCAUACUUCGCCAACCACAUGGCACUCCACGGGUCCUUCUACAGCGGUCAGCGCGGGCUGGUCUUCACCGCGAGCGACAACCAGGCUCCGUACAUGAUUACCUCAAUCAAGGCAAUGCGGAAGCUUGGGUGCGACCUCCCCGUCGAGGUUAUGUAUCUGGGUGAUAAUGACCUGAGUGAAGAUUUCCGCGAACGCCUCGAGUCUAUCCCCGGGGUAUUGACGCGCGAUCUCAGCCAGAUGGUGUUGGAGGAUAAGUGGACUCUGGCAGGGUGGGCGGCCAAGCCGUUCGCGAUUCUGCUCUCGAGCUUCCGGGAGGUUAUUUUUGUCGAUGCGGAUGCGCUGUUUGUGCGUGACCCGGCGACGUUGUUCGAAGACGACGAUUACGUCGCUGAGGGCGCGUUGUUCUUCAAGGAUCGGCUGAUGAUGCCCGAGUCCAAGAAGAAGUGGCUGCAGGCGAUCCUCCCGCGGCCGAUCUCCAGGAAGGCAAGAGAAACGCGUCUUUGGAAGGGCGAAAGCUCCCAUAUGCAGGAGUCGGGCGUUGUGGUCGUGGACAAAUGGAGGCACUUUGUUGCGUUGACGCUGGUAUCACGGCUAAAUGGGCCCGAUCGUGAUGGCGACAAGGACAAUGGAAAGGUUGGGAUGUAUGAUAUGGUCUAUGGGGACAAGGAGACAUUCUGGCUGGGCUGGGAACUCGCCGGUGACUCAGGCUACGCCUUUCACAAUGGCAGUGCAGCUGUAGUCGGCGCAGCGACGAGUUCCGACAAACGCGACGUGCAAGGUUCAGAAACCCCUGAACAAGAAGCCUUUCUAGGCAACAUGUCCAUCUGCGGCCCCCAACUCCUGCAUCUUGGUCGCGACGACCGUCCGCUCUGGUUUAAUGGAUGGCUCCAGCAUAGCAAGUUUGCAAAGGACGAGGAGGCCAGGCCGAUUGAGUUUUUGGAGUAUAUGAAAGAACCGUCGGAUGUGGACGAUCCUAACGGGUGGAAACUGGGCUCGAACAACAUAUGCUGCUUGCGGGCGGAUUCUACGGGAGGAAUUGAGUGA